AUGAAAAACAAGCCCACUGAAGGUUUUGUCAGUGAUCCGUUGUUACUGCCUAGGAUCAAAGAGCAUUGUAGCAAUUUUCCUGAUCAAGCGUAUUUUCGACCCGAGGAAGUGGCAUUUGAUCUGCAGAGAAAAUUUCAUGAAUAUAGCCGGAAAAAGUUCAAACCGUUUGUAUCGAUAGUGAGAGAAGGACUCAACCGUCUAAAUAUCAAGGAUAGGCCAGAUCCUGAAGAUGAAAUAAGUGUUGUGAAAGAAGUGGUGGCAAAGUCAAGUGAAUCAUCUAAAUGUGACAGGAAGAGGAAAGCCCAGAGCUCGGUUUCUUCGGCCCCGAAGGUUGAAGAUGUUUGUAUAUCUAGCGAUGAAGAAAACGAUAGGAAGUUCGAGGAGAUUAAGUCAACAAAUCGUGCUAAUAAGGCCGUAUUGAAUCUCUACAGUAGCGGGAAGAAGCCGGAAGUGGGUUCUAGCGUAAAUACUCCUACAACGGCCCCAUUGAAAAAGAAACGAUCUUCUGCCAUUGCAAAAAGCGAGCCAACUGCUACCAAUCUCUCCGGCGUUCCAAGAGGAAUUGGUAGCGUACCCAUAUUUGCAGCAACACCUCGUCCCUCUACAGUCAAAUUUGAGGAUUUAGGCGGAUGCGAUAGGCAAUUUCUGGAGGUGUGCCGUCUUGCAAUGCAUAUGAAACGACCUCAUACGUACAGUAUGUUGGGAGUGGAACCACCAAAAGGUUUCCUUGUGCAUGGACCCCCUGGUUGCGGAAAAACGUUAUUUGCACAGGCAGUAGCAGGGGAGUUUGAUAUACCAAUGAUACAACUAGCCGCCACUGAACUUGUUUCGGGAGUUUCUGGGGAUACUGAGGAGAAAAUUCGUCAGCUGUUCACCACAGCAAAACAAAGCGCUCCGUGCGUAUUGAUUUUGGAUGAUAUCGAUGCGAUUGCACCAAGGCGUGAAACAGCCACGAGAGAAAUGGAAAGAAGGAUUGUCAGUCAGCUGAGCAAUUCUCUGGAUGAACUUUUUGGGCCAACAAAACACCUAUCUGUACGCGAACAGCUUCAUAUAAGCAAUGAUGGCGAAGUGACUCUCAACGAUGACGAGUCAAAAAAUGAAACUGCUCAUGUGCUGGUGAUUGGCACCACCAGUCGACCGGACGCAGUCGAUGGUGGUCUGAGACGUGCAGGACGAUUCGACUGUGAAAUUUCGCUGGGUAUUCCUGAUGAACAAGCUCGACAGAAAAUUUUACAAACAGUAUGCAAACUGCCACUCGAUGAAGAUGUAAAUAUGAAAAUGAUUGCAAGGUUAACUCCAGGAUACGUUGGAGCAGAUCUCAACGCUUUGGUCAGAGAAGCAGCAAAAUGUGCUGUUAGUAGGAUAUUUGACACGAUUGUCAGCCGUAACUCUUCCAAGAGACAAAUGACUAAUGAGGAGGUGAAAGAGGAAUUGAAUAAAGUACUCGCCUGGCUGCAAUCUGAUGACGAUCCUGCUGUGCUGGAGAAGCUAGGUGGCUUCCAUGUCAACAUGUCUGAUUUUGUGCGAGCCCUCGAAAAUGUACAGCCGUCAGCAAAGCGAGAAGGUUUUGCUACGGUACCGGAUGUGUCUUGGCAGGAUAUUGGUGCUCUCAGCGAUAUACGGCAAGAGUUGGAGUGGAAUAUAUUGUUUCCUGUAAAGCGACCGGAGGACUUUGCUAUGUUGGGUAUCAGCGCAAAACCGCAGGGUAUACUGUUGUGUGGACCACCCGGAUGUGGAAAAACAUUGCUGGCAAAAGCAGUAGCUAACGAGACUGGCAUGAAUUUCAUUAGUGUGAAGGGUCCCGAACUCCUGAAUAUGUAUGUUGGAGAGAGCGAACGUGCUGUGCGCACUGUGUUUCAAAGAGCGCGAGACUCAUCACCAUGUGUCAUAUUCUUCGAUGAAAUAGACGCGUUGUGUCCGAAAAGAUCACAGAAUGAGUCAUCCGGUGGCGCUCGACUUGUGAAUCAACUACUCACAGAAAUGGAUGGUGUUGAGGUACGAAAGCAGGUUUUCCUCAUCGGCGCCACGAACAGACCAGACAUUGUCGAUCCAGCAAUUUUACGCCCAGGACGUUUGGACAAGAUAUUAUUUGUCGACUUCCCAUCUCCGAAUGAUCGUGCGGAUAUUCUGAGGAAGACUACCAAGAAUGGGACGCAUCCGAAGCUUAAAGACGAUGUAGACUUCGACAAACUGGCUCAUCUUCCAGAACUUGAUGGAUUUACCGGAGCCGAUCUUGCUGCUCUAGUGCACGAGGCGUCGAUUAUUGCCCUGAAGGCGCGAUUAUUCGCCAAUGAUGUCAGCAUUGACGCAGUUGGCAUGGAACACUUCCUGAAAGCUAUCCAGAAUAUCCGCCCUUCUGUCACAGACACCGAUAGAAAAAAGUACAUGAGAAUGAAGGCCGUGUAUGGAGUGAAAGGGCGCACGCAUGAGCAGGUCAGCGCAACCAGCGACUCACAAAAUAUGGAGUGUUAA